AUGUCUGGAGAAUGUCUGGAGAAGGUCUGGAGAAUGUCCGGAGAAUGUCUGGAGAAGGUAUGGGGGAUGUCUGGAGAAGGUCUGGAGAAUAUCUGGAGGAUGUCUGGAAAAGGUCUGGAGAAGGUCUGGGGGAUGUCCGGAGGAUGUCUGGAGAAGGUCUGGAGAAGGGCAAACAGUUUUCUGGAGGUUGACACAUCUGUCCUCGAGUACCACACUAUUGCGAUCCCUAAUGGAUUAUAUCUCCUCCCGCAGACUCAGCAGCUGUGCAGCACACAGAGACCGCUCAGACGCCAGAGGAGGGACUGGAUCAUCCCAGCAAACAAGCUGAAAGAAAACUAUGAUUACACGUCAAGAAGCUACAUUGCCAAAAUCAGGUCGGACCUGGAUAAGAGGGAGAAGCUGCACUACACUUUGUUGGGUCAUGGUGCCAAUCUGGAGCCCAUUAAUCUCUUUGUCGUGGGGGAGGCAACAGGGCUGGUGCGUGUCCUAAAGAUUCUCGAUCGGGAGGAGAUGGAAACUUAUUUUCUGACAGGUGUGGCCAGAUUCCGCAACGGGACCGUGGCCGAGGGCGAAAUCAACCUGAGGCUCGAUGUGGAAGACGAGAAUGACAAUCCACCUGUCUUUCUCCCACUCCGUCAAAGGCCUGGACCUGUUCGGGAGUCCAGUCGACAGGGCACUGUGGUGGCCAACAUGACGGCUACAGAUGCUGAUAAGCCCAGUACUCUGCACUCGAAGAUUGCCUACAGUAUUGUGAAACAGGAGCCUUCUGAAAGCUCCAACCUCUUUGCAAUAGACAGGAACACAGGACUCAUAUAUGUCAAAGAGCCAACUCUAGACCGAGAGAGAGUAAGUUCCUACAGGCUGACGGUUCAAGCACAAGAUAUGGAUGGAGCACCUGAAGGCAACACAGGCACCACUACUGUCAGCGUCAAAGUGACAGACAUCAAUGAUCACAUCCCCACGCUGGAGAAAGACCAGUAUUCUGGCAGCAUUGUGGAAAACACAGCCAACGUGGAAGUCAUGAGGUUCAAAACGCUGGACGCCGAUGAGGAAAACAGCCACAACUGGCUGGCCAUGUUUGAGAUCAUCUCCGGGAACGAAAACGGAAUAUUCAGUAUAAAAACAGACCCCAAAACCAACGAAGGGAUUCUCAUGCUUGAAAAGCCUGUUGAUUUCGAAGAGAACCCGGAUAUAAAGCUUGGUGUGGUGGUCUUCAAUGUAGCACCAGCUGCUGAGGUUGGGGUGGAGGGUGGUGGAGGCGGAGGAGGGGGGGGAGAUGGAGGAGGGGACGGAGGGGGAGGGGCAGAUGGAGGAGGAGGAGGGGGAGGGAAUGGUGGAGGGGAAGGAGGGGGAGAAACUGCAGGUGGAGCUGCAGGGGGGGGAGUAGCAGGUGCUGGGGCAGAGACGGCAGCAGGAACAUCGGCCAAGUUGAGGCCGGGGGCUGGGAUGGAGUUUGGGGUGGGUGUAGGUACUGGAUCUUCAAGGAGGAAGGGUCAAAAGAAACUCAAAUCUUAUCCAGUAAAUAUUGAAGUGAAAAAUGAGCGUGAAGGACCUGCAUUUUAUCCCAAAACGAAGCCCGUGUCAGUGUCGGAAAACCCAGAUCAUCCUUUAUCACAGGUGAUCGCUGUCUACCAAGCUACCGACGCCGACUCCGGAAGUCCUGCAGAGAAUGUUCUAUACGCUAAAGGCUACGACCCUGACAACUGGCUGUCCGUUGACCCGGAGACAGCAGAGAUCAGGCUUCACAAAGUCCCCGACAGAGAAUCGCCCUUCUUGGUUAACGGGACGUACAGAGCUCACAUACUCUGCCUGACACACGAUGUCCCUUCUAAGACGGCCACCGGCACCAUCGCCCUGCAGGUGGGGGAUGUGAAUGACAACUGUCCCGAGCUGACCAGCACUGUGGACUACAUCUGUACAGACACCGAGGUGGUCAACAUCACAGCACAGGAUAAGGAUGGAGACCCCAACGGAGCCCCUUUCCGGUUCAGCCUCGUGCCCGAGGGUUCUGGCAGGGACUGGGAGGUGAAGCCCCUCAGUGAUACCAGUGCCUCUCUUAGGCCUCUCCGGCCCCUGUGGCCUGGAAAUGUCCUGCUUUCCUUCACCAUCUGGGACCAGCAGGGUGUGGCCUGCCCAGAGCCACAGCUCCUGACCCUGCUGCUGUGCACCUGUGGCCAGGGUGAGGCCUGCAGCCCAGAGGCCACAGACAGAUCAGCUGCUCUCAAGGAGCGAUCAUCCACCUUUGGAAUGCUGGGAAUAGGGCUCCUGGUCUUGGGAAUGCUGAUACUGCUUUGUCUGUUACUGAUGACCUGCUCAUUUGGAGGUGGGCCAGCGAUGUUCAUGGAGCUUCCGUUUGACACCAGAGAACACAUGAUUCCCUAUCACACAGAGGGCCAAGGGGAGGACCGGGACGUUCCCUUGCUUGCUUGUGCUCCUGCCCAGAUGGCACAUGAUGGCGUAAGUGCCACCCAUGCCAACAACGUGGCAAGUAACAUGAACGUCUCCCUGAUGGCUGUCAACAGGCCCGCCAUCUACAGCACCAGGGCUGAGAGCAAGGACAGGGUGGACAGCAGUGGUUUUGGGGGUUUCUUCCAUGGCCAGAUGAGCCAGAGGGAGUCCUACACUACAGCAGCACAGCAACGCAGUGUCUACUCACAACACAUCGCCCUCCCGGAUGUGUACCUGCAGGAAUUCUAUGACCAGAGCACACGCCGUGGAUCUGAGCACCUGGAGUCAAGAGAUAGUCUGCUGGUUUAUGAAUACGAGGGUCAAGGCUCUCCUGUUGGCUCAGUGGGCUGUUGUAGCCUCCUGGAAUCUGAAAAUGACCUCCAGUUCCUCAGUGACCUGGGGCCAAAGUUCAAGACACUGGCUGAUGUGUGCUUGCCAGAACCUGUAGCCUCUCCAGGGUCUGAAACCUCUGUCAUUCAAUGUCACGGGAGUCAGGUUAAACAAACUGCCCAGCCUAUUUUGGAGUCUAAACAAUCCACCAUCAGCAAUGGGAGUUGUUCUGAUAAUGAAAAUGUCAACACCAUCCAGUCAUCUACAAUGAGUCGUUCCUGCUUUAACCAAAUAUCCAACUCCAACAUCACUACAAGCCAGACCUUCAACAGCACUAGCAGCACUGGCCAUGCAGAUCUUGUCAGCCCUGCAAGCACAGCUAACCUGGCUAUGCUGCAUCCGCCUGGCCAGACACUCAUACUACAACAGCAACCGAUGUACUACACCACCACUCCCGUGCUGCAGCCCAUGCCCUGUAUAGUCCAGCUACAGCUUGAAGACAGUGCCCUGCUUGCUGAGAGGCCGGUUUCCACCAACCUGCAGGGCAUGAUAAUUGUCAAUGAAAGUCUUGGGUAUACACAGUGCAUCACACAGGAAAGACAUAGCAAUGGUGUGAUUACUUUCCCAGCACCAGUGAUAGAUGAGGGUGAAAUGGUGACUUUUACGAACAAGAGCCACAGGGGAGGAUUCCAGACCAAGUCUGAUGGUCCAGGACAUGCCACAUUAAACAACGGAGUAAAUGGGCUUCUGAGGGGUGGAGGCGGGGGUCAGAGUGUUCUAGGGGUAGGAGUCAGGCUGGAGAAAGCUCACAUUUGCGAGGAGGCACUGCCGGCUGCUCAGAGCAUCAUGUUGACAGGUGGAGGCAUAAACCUGGAACAGGUGGUGUCUGAACAGGCAUUGUCAGGGCAGGUGUGUCAAGUUGGCCAACAUAUCAUGAUAGAGAGGCCCAGAAAUCUGCCCUCAGUAUCUCCCAAUCCAGACCCUCUGUGUUCAGCAGUCACAAGUCCAGCAUCAGCUGGUUCUGGGUUUAUUGCUCCACUGCCCCUGGUUGCAUCCUCCGCAGGAUCAGUGUCAGGUUCCCUGCAAACACUGCGCACGGUUAGGAAACAGGUGACCGAAACCUAG